CAGCCUUCUCAGUUCCACUCAGCUGAACUCACACCUCCUCGAAACAUGACCUACGGCUGCUCCUCUGGAAACUUCUCCUCCCGCUCCUUUGGGGGCUACCUGGAGUACCCACGCUCCUCCUGUGGCUCUUCCUACCCCAGCAACCUGGUCUACAGGGCUGAUCUCCAGUCUCCCACCAACUACCAGCUGGGCUCCUCUCUCUACAGCGGUUGUCAGGAGACCUUCUAUGAGCCCAGCAGCUGCCAGAGGUCCUGUGUGGUGUCCAGCCCCUGCCAGACGUCCUGCUACCGCCCCAGGGUCUCCACCUUCUGCAGUCCCUGCAAGACGACUUACACUGGAUCUCUGGGCUUUGGGUCCAGCAGCUGCCGCUCCCUGGGCUAUGGAUCUAGAAGCUGCUACUCACUGGGAUAUGGAUCCAAUGGCUUCAGAUCCUUGAAUUAUGGAAUCUGUAGCUUUCCUGUUCUGAAUUAUGGAUCCAGUUUCUGUAACCCAAUCUGUUUUCCCUCUAGGAGUUUCCGUUCUUCUUGUCACGGGCCAUUUUAUAGAUCUGUCUUUUACUGA